CGAAAUUUGUUUUGAUUUUGGCAUGGAUAUUUUUAAUAAUCGAGCCGGAUUUUGUCCGUCCUGUGGCUCAAUUUUGCCACCUCUGCAAGUGAAAGGCAAUGUCUUUUGCUUCAACUGCAAACAGGAGUUCUCACCAGAUGUUUACAUCGGUGAGAAAUCCGAAUAUACAAUAAACUUUAACAGCUACGAUCCAAGUGAGCUCAACAAGAAGGUGCAUCGGGAGUCUGAAACGGAGGCAGACGGCCCGGUUGUGGAGCGCAAGUGCCCCAAAUGUGGACACGAAAAAAUGUCCUAUGCAACUUUACAAUUACGUUCAGCGGAUGAAGGUCAAACUGUAUUCUUCACCUGCCUAAAAUGCAAAUACAAAGAAUCGGAGAACUCCUAAAUGCAUAACUUUAGCUGCUAGUCAACAUAUUUCUAUAAAUAAAAAAUACUUAAAAUUAA